UUCUCUCGCAUAACACGAGGUUCGCGAGAACAUUUUAGUUUUUUUUACAAUUUCCAACUGUGUAAUGGAAUUGGGUGAAUAAAAUUUCAAGACAAAAUUUUUUUUUUCUGGUUUCAAUUCACGUCGUAAUAAACAUCUGAAAAGACUUAAAAUAAUGUCGUCCAAUAUUAAUGCGGAAAUUGUCGAAGUGAGUGCCUCGCUGGAAAAUGCAACAGUCUCGAAUGAUGAAGAUAAAGAAAUACUUCAGUCAAUUGAAGAUAGUUUGAAUAACAAAGAUGACGAGAAUGUCGAAGAGAAACCCCAAAAUGGAGCUCCGGUUAAGAGAACGGAAAUUAAUUUUCUCGAAAUUGUGAACAGUAUGGAAGCGGACAGGAAAAAAUUCAUUGAACAUGUACGAUCGAAGUUGAGCCAACAGGAGAUGGAAUCUAAAAUCAUUAAGGCCGAAAAUGAAAGGCUCAAGAGGCAAUUGGUGGAAUUAGAAAAUAAACAGCCCGGUGCCGUAGCCGGUAAAGGCAAAAAGAAUAAACAAGAGGACGAUGUGCUAGCCAAAGCCAAAUUGUUGUUAUUUGAAAAGACCAAGGUGUGCAAACAGCAGGAACAACAGUUGAAGGCACUUAAGAAUCAAAUGGAUGCGACAAAGGAUGUCCUUGAAAUUACGAAAGAGAUGCUCAAUUUAAGGAAUGCGGAAAAUCUGCAUUUCCAGUCUCGGUUCGAUACAAUGGAGUUGCGUUUGAAGAAUGAACGCGACCGACUUGAAAUUACGACUAAGAAAUUGGCGCUAUCGCAAAAGAUGUACAACGACAUCAAAUCUGAGUACGAUAUUCAGUCGGAGAUUUUCAAGGAACUACGUAAGGGAUAUGAAGAGAAGAUUAAACUGCUGGAUAAUCAAAUUGAAACAAUGAAAUCAUAAUUUACCGUUGGCAUAAUGUGAGAUCCUGAUGGCAGUGUCCUUGCGGGCUUUUUUUUUCAA